GCUGGGAGUGGAUCUAUCGGGCUGCAUGAGAGAGUAAACGAGAGGGUGUGAGAGGGGGGUCUCACGGCUACAUCACACACAACACACUUUCAGAGUAAGAAAAAGUGAUGCUGUAGUAACAGAGCUGCUGCUGGGUGUCUGACCUCACACUUCAUUUUAUGCUAUAGAGCUACUCUGAAGUGUUCUUACUGAGCGUGUGAUUUGUCAAGGCUGACUCUCAGAGAUGACGACGCGUGUGUAAAAACACACAAAGACCGGCCGGCUGCCUUUCUGAGGGACGUUCACCUUUUAUUGUGAGUGUGCGGGAGUUUGAGUGACUUCAAACCUUUAUUUCUGAUUCAGCAUGGAUCAACCAGCUAGCAGCUGCAUGCGGAGCUCUCAUCCUGGCAGUGCAUUGUGGGGUUGUGCCAGGGCCCCUCACCCUGCUGGCAUCCCUGGAGCGGGUCUCCAGUCCUACCAACAGGCCCCCUUCGCCCUGCAUCAGAAGCCCGACUUCCUGGCCUACACAGACUUCUCCAGUUCAUGCUUGGUACCAGUGCCGCACUCGUACCCACGCGACGAUAGACUGUACUCAGACGUUCAAUUAGGAUACCAGCGUGCAGAGUGGCAGUUCGGUCCAUGUGAGCCACGAGGCAGAGGACAGGAGCUGUGCCACGCUGCAGCGGUGGCAGUAGGAGCAGCCGGAGGGGAUGAUGUGGGCAGCACGGGGGCAGACAGGCUACCCGAAACGGUGACACCGGGACUGGAGGGAGACUACUCGCCUCAGAGCAUCGCCACAGCCGACACAGAGAAGAAAAGCUGCAAAAGGAAACGAGAACAAACAGAUACCUCAGAAUCUGGCUAUAAGGCUGAUUCGAACUGCAAGGCGAGGAAGGAGAGGACGGCCUUCACAAAGGAGCAGCUGAGGGAGCUGGAGGCUGAAUUCACUCAUCACAACUACCUGACACGCCUGCGCCGCUACGAGAUUGCCGUCAACCUGGACCUCACCGAGAGACAGGUCAAGGUGUGGUUUCAGAACAGACGCAUGAAAUGGAAGCGGGUGAAAGGUGGUCAGCCGGCUUCCCCUCACGACCUGGAAGCAGACGAGUUGGAUUCGGCCGCCUCACCCAGCUCGGAGUAAUGAUCUAGACUUUCACUUUGACCUAGAAAAACACCCAGAUGCCACUCAGCCUUGUGGAAUCCCUGACUGUGACCAAGGAGUUGUAAAUACACAGUGCGGUUACUAUGAUUUUUCCCACCACUCUUCACACAAUCAGAGAAUCUGUUACAUGAAAAUGUUUCUGGUGGGUAGCAAGCUUAAGAGCUGCAGCAAUGGACAAGUGAGACCCACGUGUAAACAUUAUACUUUCACAUCUAAGAAAGUCAGAGACUUAUCAUAGACUACAGUUUGUCAUACGUAGAUGUGAUGUAUGUUUAUUCUUCAAGUCCUGGUUUUUAAUGGCUUUGACUAUUUGACCUCCAGCAAUGAAAAUCUGAUGUAGUCAUGCUGCAGGGAUAACUUCCGAUGCCUGAGUAGAACCACCUGUUGCAGAAAAAAAGGAUCACUCAGGAUCUCAGGAUCUGAUGCCAAAGCACCACAGCCUUAAUGCUACAUUUCUCAGUUUUACUCUUAACUCAUGCUGUCAAGCCUUUUCUCACUUUUUUAAACAGUUGUUUCCAAUAUUU